GUGUUGAUUAUCAGUUGGUAGCCGUGUUGUACGGAAAGGAUAUGGCGGAUAAGCAGUUGAACGUUAAACCGGCUGAGAAAGGAGCUGUUGAAGCAUAUUCAAAAAGGAGAGCAGCAUUGCGUGAGGAAUAUAUUAAGCAGAUGACAAAUCCUCAUAGGCAUGGAACAGGAGAAGGUGGAAUGUUAGUAAUUUGAUUCACUAAGAAUGGGGAAGAAGGAAGUUAAACAAACAAUUUCUCAUAAUAUCUCUCAAUCUUCUAAUGCUGAAUUGCUGGGAAAGUCAUACAAAAAGACGAUUCUUUUUGAAGAUUCUUCAGAUGUUGAAGAAGAAGGAAACUUAAAAGUUAAGCCUCAGUUUGAAGGUGUUAAAGGACAGAAGCUUCUAGAACUACAGUCUCGAUUUGCAAGUGACAACAGAUUUGCAUUGGAUGAAAGGUUUUAUGAGAGUGAUGAAGAAGUUUGUGCUGAAGCAUCGGACAGUGUCCAAACUGCUAGAGUUGAAGAUGAGAGAAGGAGACAGUUUGAAAUAUUAAAAGAUGUCCUUGGUCAUCCGAUACCAAUUAAAGAGGACAAGAAAGACAAAUCAAAAAGGGUUCCAAUGCUCAGAUUUGAUCCUACAAAACCUGACCAUGCUAAAUUUGAGAAAAAAACUGAACCCAAAAUAAAGAGGAAGGUUCCUGAUAACUCAACAGACAAGGAACCAAAAGUAGUUUGUGAUACAGAAGAGGAAAAAAUACAAAAUGUUGCUGUUUCAAAGGAAAAAUUUUACAAAGUAGCAAAAUCUCUAAAGGAGACACUUCAGAAACGAGAUGAAAAAAAUGAGUUUAGCCUUCGUAAAUUGUUUGGUGCCAGUGAUGGAGACUCAGAUGACAAAGAAACGGGAGAAACAUACAGUGCUAUAACUUUAAAUAAACACAAACAAAAAGAAUGGACCAAAAAUCCAUUUAAAUAUGAUUCUAAUGAUUCUGAGGAAGAAAAUGAGAAUAUCACCCAUAAUAAAACUGAUAAUUCACAACAGAAUGUACAUGAAAAUCUGGCUCAUUCUAGUGAAAGUUUUUUCUUUAAAUUGAAUGAUGUUCGUCUUCACGGUUAGUAUAGUAUAUGUAGUAAGCGUGUAGCAUAGUAAAAUGUAUAGUAUUUUAUUUACCUUUUAUUUAUUGUAGAAAUACCAAUAAUAUUGUGAAAAAGAAAGCUAUUAGCAUGCUCCUUUCCUAAAUGUGGCUACCGUAUAUAGUUUAUGAUGUUGGAAACCACAUGUCACAGAACAACAUGUUUCUUAUGUGGAUGAAUAACUACUUAAUAAUUUCAGAAGUGUUUACAUUUAAGGUGUCAAACGUUUGUGGC